GCUUCUACGAAGAGAGUUUUGUACGUGGGUGAGUAGCGAAGCCACUGGAAGCCCCGCGGAAGGGAAGGUGUGUUGGCCAUGGAGAGUGCCAAAGGCCCACGUGGCUGCCUCCCGAUAACAGCCUUGCAAGAGAGACCCAUCAGGGCAGCCUCGGUUUCCUGGCUUUCAGGAGGGUGUGUGUGUGGAAUCAGUCUCACUUUGAAAGUGAUGCUACCAGGUGGGCUUGCAGAAGAGGUGGACGAGAGGGUGCUGCAUGCUGCUUUUAUUCCCUUUGGUGACAUCACAGAUAUCCAGAUCCCACUUGACUAUGAGACAGAAAAGCAUCGUGGUUUCGCUUUCAUUGAAUUUGAACUGGCUGAGGAUGCUGCAGCAGCAAUCGACAACAUGAAUGAGUCUGAGCUCUUUGGAAGGACAAUUCGCGUCAACCUGGCCAAACCAAUGAGGAUUAAGGAAGGAUCCUCCCGGCCUGUAUGGUCAGAUGAUGACUGGCUGAAGAAAUUUUCCGGGAAGACGCUGGAAGAGAACAUGGAAGAAGGAGGGUCAGAGCCUGCCAAAUCAGAAGCACAAGAGGGUGAGCCUCCUACAAAGAAAGCAAGGGCGAACCCUCAGGUUUACAUGGACAUCAAGAUUGGCAACAAACCAGCCGGCCGCAUAAACAUCCUCUUGCGAUCAGAUAUUGUACCCAUGACCACAGAGAACUUCCGCUGCCUGUGCACGCACGAGAAGGGAUUUGGCUUUAAAGGGAGCAGUUUCCAUCGUGUGAUCCCCCAGUUUAUGUGCCAAGCUGGUGACUUCACCAACCACAACGGCACAGGGGGGAAAUCCAUCUACGGGAAGAAAUUUGAUGACGAAAACUUCAUUCUGAAGCACGUGGGGCCAGGCACGCUGUCCAUGGCCAACUCUGGUGCUAACACAAACGGCUCUCAGUUCUUCAUCACUUGUGACAAGACUGAUUGGUUGGAUGGGAAACACGUCGUGUUCGGAGAGGUCACAGAGGGGAUGGAUGUGGUGCGGCAGAUAGAGGCCCAAGGCACCAAAGAUGGAAAACCAAAGCAAAAAGUGAUCAUCUCGGACUGUGGUGAAUAUGUGUGAAUAGCUGCCCAAGGAGAAAACUAGCAGGAAAGAACAGGCUGAGAAGGAAAAAGAUAGUCCCUUCCACUCAAGCAGCUUCUUGGAGCCCUCCACACCCCAUGGAUGCAGAACUGAGCCCCAUUUUACUCUGGGGCAGGAGUGUCAGGAGAAGUGCCUGGACCAAACUAGAACCUGUAAAUAUUCAGACACGUGAAGGAGACUCUUUGUGCGCCGUCCUUAUUUGGAGCAGCCAAUUUGACAGAGCUGUGUUUUUGUACAAAACUCGACUGUACAUAAAAUAUAAUUUUUUUGGUAAAA